AUGGCCACCAAGCUCGAUAACCCGAGAGAAUACCAGGACAUUUUCCAUUGGGCUGAGACGCAGAAAGAUGGCGCGGUCCCUUCGUUUGGAACCAGGAAGAAUGAUCCAUAUGAGGCAUGGCUGUACCGGGCAAGACCCGCAGUUGCGCAUCAGGGAUUCACGGACCUCCCCGACAACGAAGACACCGAGUCUAACUUCUUGCCGUCAAACAAACGCGUACAUCUCUCGCCUACACAGCUUGCGUGGCUGCCGUUCGAUAUCCCAACAAAUGGCGAGGUUGAUUUCAUCCAGGGUCUCAAGAGUAUUGCCGGCGCGGGAGACCCGACACUUCGCGAGGGUUUGGCGGUGCACACAUUCUUGGCCAACACUAGCAUGAAGAGGAAAGCGGUCGUAAAUUCUGAUGGAGACUUUUUGAUCGUGCCUCAGGAAGGCGCACUGGAUAUUCAGACAGAGUUCGGCAUGCUGUAUGUACAACCUGGUGAGAUCUGCGUUAUUCAGAGAGGUCAGAGGUUUAAGGUGAAGGUUGAGGGGCCUACCAGAGGUUACAUCCUGGAAAUCUGGGGCUCAAGCUUCCAGCUUCCAGAACUUGGUCCCCUGGGCGCUAACGGACUCGCCAAUGCUCGCGACUUCCAGCACCCUAUUGCGAAGUACGAGAUUGAGCAGGAGGCAUGGGAGAUCGUGUACAAGCUUGGUGGCAAGUUCUUCAGCUGCUCGCAACAGCACUCACCCUUUGAUGUAGUUGCAUGGCACGGCAACUACGUCCCGUACAAGUAUGACUUGACCAAGUUUGUCAAUGUUGGUUCGAUCUCGGUCGACCACAUCGACCCGUCGAUUUUCUGCGUUUUGACCGCGCCCUCGCGGGACCCAGCCGCGCCUCUUGCGGACUUUUUGAUCUUCAGCCCCAGGUGGGAUGUUGCUUCGCACACUUACCGACCUCCUUACUACCACCGCAACGGAGCUUCAGAGCUCAUGGGUCUGAUCUACGGUGAAUACGCCGGUCGAUCUGAUGAGUUCCAGCCUGGUGGCGUUAGCUACGAAUGUGGAUUCGUUCCCCACGGUGUUGCUUAUGAGGAGUUCAAAGCCGCCAGCGCUGCACCACCGCCUGAGAUGCAAAUUUCCAAGGGCGCAGUUGCGUUCAUGUUCGAGAGCUGUCGCAUGUUCACGAUCGCGGACUGGGCGUGGAACAGCAAGAAGAAGCACGAGCAUGACCCGAAGAUGUGGGAUAACCUUGGUGGACAAUUUCUCCAAGCACAAGGAUGAAGUUGAGAAACUCUUGUCAGAGGGUGUGAGAAAAAUUGGGCUCAAUGGUCGCUGAAACUGUUCUUGAGAAGAAGAUGUGGUACGAUAUAGUGCCUGAUGAUUAGCCAUCAAUCAAAUGACAUGCCAUCACCUGCUUGAUACCAUAAUA